GGCAAUCGAUCAUCAAGAAAUCCCUUUGCUUUGACUCCUUGGCCUUCCAUCGCUUUCUUCUAGUACCAGAGAUCGAUGACAGGGAAGUGUACGUGUGAAAGAGAGGAUGUAUCGAAGGGUUUGAGUGGUCGUUUGAAGACCCACUCUACUCUGAGAGGACGUGUAUUGCUCCCAAGGAUCAAGAAUUUGAAUGAGUUGUUUCUGGUCAUAGUAGUUCGAACGUCAAUACAUUAAUUUUGUAAUUUUCAAUAUGAGGCGCUGGAUCCCUGUCUUUGCUGGGGCAUGGAUAUUCCUCUUGUUGUUCGUGGCCUACAAUCUUCUCAACAAUAAUGCUGAUGAUAAAACUGAAGAGAUUCUGGCGCAACUUAGCCAGUGCAAACGCAAGUAUGCUUCAAAUUCGUUCGAUCACUUACAUACUCAAAUAAGGCUGCUGAAGCAGGAGCUGGAGGAGACGAAAAAGAAGCUGGGAGAACCCAGAGGUGAAGGCAGCUGCCCACCAUGCCGGGCGCCUGCCUGCGCGCCCCAAAAAUCGUCGGAGAGCAACGAAGCUCAAGGAGCAGGUGCUGGUGACUCGACCGCCCCUUGGUCUCUGACAACGAAUCUCAGAAAACGUGACAAGGUUCGCCGUCGUGUGCUGAACACAAUGCGGGAGAUGUGGUUCUACAUCAGGCGGCAGUUGGGUGCUGUGAAGGAUACGGCCGGUGGGGAAAUCAAGAGUCGCCUCUCUGACAUCCUGGAUGACCUUAUCGGUUACUAUCAGUCCGCGGCAACGGAUAUCGUUAGCCUGGGCGAGAUUGGCGGUAUGAAAGAGUGGCGACAGGGUCAGGCCGAUCUGGCAACGUCCAUGAUCGCUAAGCGCAUUCAGGGACUGCAGGAGCCCGAUGACUGCACCAAGUCCAAACGCCUGGUCUGCGAUCUCGGCAAGGGAUGCGGCUUUGGCUGCCAGAUUCACCACGUGUUCUACUGCAUGGCGACGGCGUUCGGCACUGGUCGCACGUUCAUCGUGCAGGGCCAGUCCUGGUCGUACUCGCGGUCCGGCUGGAACGGCGUCUUCAAGCCGACGAGUGCCAAAUGCGAGUCCCACGGCACCGGUCACAGUAUGUGGCGAGGCGACGACGACGAGACCGACGUCAUCAAGAUGCCGAUCAUCGACGGCGUUAGCCCGCGACCGAAGGCCCUGCCGCUGGCCGUGCCCAGCGAGUUUGUGGAGGUAAUCGAAGGCUUCCACACGUACCCGUCCGUCUACUGGUUCGGCCAUCUCGCUCGCUAUAUCAUGCGUUAUGCACCCGCCGUCAAGGAGAGCAUUGACAAGCGCUUGGAAGAGAUCGGAUUCAAGCAUCCUAUUGUCGGCAUUCACGUUCGACGUACGGACAAGAUCAACACGGAGGCUGCGUUCCAUCACGUCAAGGAGUACAUGCUCCACGUGGAAGAGUGGUAUCUGGAGUUGGAGCGCACCACCAAGGUGGACAAGCGUCGUGUGUAUCUGGCCUCUGACGACCCCAAAGCCAUUGAUGAGGCUCGUUCCGAGUUUCCCGCGUACGAGUUUCUGAACGACAAGUCAUCUUCGCUCAAUGCUGGCGUCGGCUCGCGCUACAGUGAUGCUGGCUUGAAGGGCGUUGUGUUUGACAUUGAAGUGCUGUCCCGCACUGACUUUCUCUCCUGCACUUUCUCCUCACAGGUGUGCCGUGUGGCGUAUGAGCUCAUGCAGCCGCUGCACAUCGACGCCGGCGACAAGUUCCGCUCACUGGACGACAUCUACUACUUUGGCGGUCAGCGCGGGCACGACCAGCGCGCCAUCUACCCGCACAAGGGACGCAACGGACAGCUCGAUAUAGAGGUCGGCGAUCUUUUCGGCAUUGCUGGCAAUCACUGGGACGGCUACUCAAAGGGCACCAACCGUCGUACCGGCCGACUCGGCAUGUACCCGGCGUACAAGGUGGAGGAAGUGCAGCAGACUUACGAUGCUGUUCGCAGAUAGUAAAGCGCCUGUGUGAAGCUGCCAGCGUACACUGCAGCACCGCACGGCAUUGCGCAGACGUCCGAGUUGUCGGCGUGUCAUCCUUGCUGCUCACCGGCAUGAUCGCCCAUGUCUAUUUGUGUUGGACCUCUUCUGCGAGGCUGCACCGAGUGACGGCAGACUUCAAGUCAGUGUGUAGAUGUACAUGUGUGUGUGUGUGUGUGAAGCUGGAGUAGAGCUUGCACUGUUAUGUGCGUGGCAUGGUACCUUGGUGUGGCCCAGGCAUUGGCCACUCACGCUCGUGUUUGUCUCCCGUGCGCCGGAGGCAAUUGCAGAUUGCAACUCGUAUCGGUGGACGGCCUGUGCAGAUUGAAUGCCAACAUCUGGUACCGUGUUGCUUGUAUUAUGUAUUAGUCAGGUGUGGCGAAUUUACUACACCGGACUCACCCAUCUUGUACAUUUCACCCCCCCCCCCCCCCAUAGUAGCUUGGUAGAACUGCGGACGGGUUUGGCAGCUAUCUGCUGCUACCUGGAGUACGGCUGUACAGGAGAAUGUGUAUAUACCUAUGCCGUUUGUACAUGUCGGCGCGCUGACAUUAGUAGGGUUAUCUGUGCAGUGCGUCAAGACAUGCUAGCCGUGUGCGAGUGUGUGGCGCUGUGCAAUGUAAUGCUCCUGCAAGCAACACAGCUCACCGUAAUCAGCUGAUGUGGCUUGCAGAGCACAUUGGCCUGAUGUGCAGCGAUGUGUGUAUAUACGCCUUGAACAGACGGAGCUGACAGCUUGUAUAUGUAGUGCAUGGGGUAGUAGUAGUCUGUGGACUGGUAGUCCUACGCUUGCUGGGGUAGUCCUACGCUUGCUGGGGUAAUCCUACGCUUGCUGGGGUAGUCCUGCGCUUGCUGGCACCGCAGUUGCAAUACUGUAGAACCAUGGACAAAUGGCGUUGAAUAUUUCUUUGACCUUUUUACAUUUUUGAUCUGUGUUCCUUUAUUUUCAAUUUUUCUUUGAGUUUGGCUAAUUUAUGAAUGCACUGCCAGUGCAGUGCCAGCUGGCAGUGUUGCUGUGGGGAAAACCCCUUUCCUCUUCAGACUAUGGCUGUAGCACUAUCCUUUACGGUAUCCGUGGGCAGUCCGUGGUGAUAAUCCUCACGCUGCUGGCAGUAAUGUUUGCUGAGCCAGACUAUUAUAAUUAUUUUGAUGACUAUCUCUCUUGUACAUACCUAUCACCAAUGCAAAUAAUUAUUAUGGAGUGUCCUGAUCCCUCAUCAGGGCACGUAACAUGCACGUAUUCAACAUCACAGAAUAGCACAUGAAUGCCAUGACGUUGAA